AUGCGAUUUCGCGUGCGAGGCCCCUCCGGCCAGUCAACAGUCACCUUGGAGAGCUCAUCAUCAAUUCAAGAACUGCGAGCCCAGAUCGUCGAAAAGACAGGUCUGACCUCAUUCGACGUGAAAUACGGAUAUCCGGAUAUAAAGCCUCUGGCACUUGACCAAUUCGCGCCGAAUCAAGCAGUAUCCGAAAUCGGGAUCGACCUUAAUGGAGAGCAGCUUAUAGUUGUACCGCGAGAGGGAGCUGCUCCUUCGAGUGAACCUCCAGCGCCCGCGUCUCAAGCCUUAUACCAACAGCCCUCUUCCCCCCCAAAGCCCCAGUCCUGCGAAGACGACCCUCCGGAGAUCGCAUCUCCCGAGCAUGGCGGUACAUUCGUCCUGCGAGUCAUGCCCGAUGAUAAUUCGUGUCUCUUCCGAGCUGUGGGGGCAGCUGUCAUGGGUGAUAUGGACACGAUGGUGGAACUACGAUCCAUCGUUGCAGGGUCUAUUCAAUCAAACCCAGUGGAAUAUAGUGCUGCGAUACUCGGCAAGAAUCCGGACGACUACUGCCAAUGGAUCCAGAACGAGGAUUCUUGGGGUGGUGCCAUUGAACUCAAGAUCUUAAGUGAAUACUUCAACAUCGAAAUUUGUUCGAUUGAUGUCCAAACAUUGAACAUGUUUCAGUUCAACGAAGGGGCGCCAACUCGCUGCAUCGUCGUUUAUUCUGGCAUCCACUACGACGUUCUGGCACUGUCUCCGUCGGAUCCCCCAUACACACACGCCAAUCCAUCUGCUGAUGGCGAUACUAAAAUCUUUGAGGCGGUAGAUCCUGUUGUGUUAGAGAAGGCUAAAGAGCUGUGCCAAGUUCUCCAACGCAAACAUUAUUACACGGAUACUGCUGGGUUCUCAGUGCGGUGUAACACAUGCGGGGGCACUUUUACAGGAGAGAAGGGCGCGGCCAAACACGCCUCAGAAACCGGUCAUUACGACUUUGGGGAAGCUGUAUAA